GCCGCCGCCGUCGCCGCCGCCGCAGGCACGCAGGAGCUCUUCCUCUCGGAGAUCGACGCCAUGUUUACGGGCGAGGAGAGCAACGGCCGGUUCUUUGACCUCACCAAGAACCACGAGGAGUAUCUGAACCUCAAUCCCAACGUCAAGAAGAUCACCUACCUACAAUACCUGUCGGUCUACGACCAGUUCGCGCAGUUCACGCGCGCCCAGAAGAUGAACGAUCGGUACUUCCGGUACCUGACCGGCGUCGCGGACUACCUCGAGUCGUUCCUGCGGCGGACCCGGCCGCUCGAGGACCCCGACAAGAUCGUUGCGGGCAUCGAGGCCGCGUUCGCCGAGGCAUGGGAGAAAGACGAGGUCCCCGGGUGGUCGAAGACCUUACCCGCCGCCGCCACAGAGACACCCUCCGAUAGCGGCGACAACACUACCACCACGGCAUCAAUCUACUGCGACGCCUGCCAAAAGUCGUUCAGCAACAAGAACGUGUAUGAGCACCACACGUCGUCGAAGAAGCACCUGAAGAACGUCGCGGCCAUCGGCACGCCGCUCGACCAGUCCUCGAACGGCGGGAGCACCUCGCAAGACGCACAAACCAAAGCCUCGCUCGCCCGCCUCAAGGACCGCGCCAUCGCCGAGCGUGAAUGGCGGGUUGUGAAGCUCACCGCAGUCCUCCAAGCACAGCGCGAAGCUACCACCACCAACGUCGAGCGCAAACAGUCGCUCACCGAGCGUGAGCGGCAAAUGGAGCUCGAGGCGCUAUACCUCGAGAGCAGCGAGGCGGCUGGAGCUGGUGGCGGGGGCGGCGGCGGCAACGGCGACGGCGGCUCAGACGACGACGGGGACGACGACGACAGCAAAAUCUACAACCCGCUCAAGCUGCCACUGGCAUGGGACGGCAAGCCUAUCCCGUACUGGCUAUACAAGCUGCACGGUUUGGGAGUCGAGUUCCCAUGCGAGAUCUGCGGGAACUUUGUGUACAUGGGCCGCCGCGCCUUCGACAAGCACUUCAACGAGAGCAGACACAUCCACGGCCUGCGGUGCCUCGGCAUCACUAAUACCACGCUGUUCCGCGAGAUCACAAAGAUCGACGAGGCACAGCGCCUGUGGGAGAAACUCGAGUCCGACAAGAAGCGCCAGAAGGUCCAGGCCGAGACCGUCGAGGAGAUGGAGGACGCCCAAGGAAAUGUUAUGCCCAGAAAGGUCUUUGAGGAUCUGCAGAAACAGGGGCUGUUGUAGUGCUGUGCUGUGCUGAUCUGCGAGCUGUGCGCUGAAUUUAUUAUAUUACGUUCUUACACAUCCUUCUUUCUUCGGUGUUAAUGUUACUUUGCUUUGCUUCGCUUGGGUUGGUUUGGUUUGGGUCUGUGUAGAGUGGUUUGUUCUUGCUUGCUGCUAUGAUGCUUCGUUUUUUUUCCCGUCUUACCUAUUACGACUACACUAUUGUACAAUACCAUAACCAUGCCAUAUCACUC